AUGGUUAGCUCGCAGGUCUGGUGCAUGGGCCCUGACUCAUUAGGCCUGGUCGGGUACAGGCUGAGAGAAUCACAUGGAGUCUUUGCCACCUGCAGGGGAGAGGAAUUGGGUCAGUCUCAGAUGGUUGGCCCUUCUAAACCAAUACUCACUAUGGUUGGUGAUGACAUCAUGUUGCCAUGUCACCUGGAACCUGCCACUGAUGUUGUUGCUAAGACCCUGGAGUGGGCGAGACUGGACCUGAACCCCAGGUUUGUCCAUGUGAGGCGUGAUGGUGUGGAGCUUUUGGUUAAUCAGAAUCCAUCAUUCGUGGGAAGAACAUCAGUUUCCACUGGCAGUCUGAAACACGGAGACAUGUCACUGAAACUCUCCAAAGUCAAACUCUCUGAUGAAGGAAAGUACAGAUGCCACAUCCCAGCACUGGGUACAUCUGUGGUUGAUCUGGUUGUUGGAGCUGUUUCCUCCCCUGUUGUUAUCAUAGCAGACAUUGAUAAAACCAUCAGAAGAGUGGUGUUAGACUGUGAGUCCAGAGGCUGGUAUCCAGAGCCGGAGGUGUUGUGGCUGGACGCUGAGGGAAACCUCCUCUCUGCUGGACCUACAGAGACAGUCAGAGGUCCUGAUGACCUCUAUACUGUCAGCAGCAGAGUGACUGUGGAGAAGAGACACAGCAACAGCUUCACCUGUAGAGUCCAACAGAAGAACACCAACCAGACCAGAGAGACACACAUCGGCAUUCUAGGUGAAAAAGCGGUUUUCUGA